AGAGACAGUCAAGGCGAAGGAGGAGGAGGGAGAGGCAUAUAUAACAGAGAUUGAGACCAUAGGAGCGGCGUACGAGGAGAUGCAGUCGCAGAACCGGCGGCUGCUGCAGCAGAUAUCGGAGCGCGACGAGUACAACACGCAGCUCAUAGCAGAGGGGGUCAAGGCCAGGCAGCUGCAGGCGUCGCUGCAGGCGGACAAGCUCAGCAUGGAGACGCGCAUGCAGCACGCCACGGCUGCUGCCGACGUGCACAAGCAGAGGGUUGCGAGGCUAGAGGAACAGGUGAAAUCGGCGUGGGAACAGAUGGGCAAGGCGAUGGAGGACGCGAGGGGCAUGGCGGGGAGUGUGGAGGCGGGGAAGAGGAAGCAGGCGGAGAUGGAGAGGGAGACGGCCGCCGCCAGGGAGGCCAUGGAGGGGCUGCAGAAGGACCUGGCUGCACGGAACACUCAGAUGGUGGAGGUGGAGGAGAAGCUCGAGGGGGAAAGGAACAAGCGCAGGAGAGUGGAGGAGGAGCGGGACGCCCUGUCUGCGCGGCUGGCAAGGCUGGGGCCGGAGAGGGGAGGGGGGUCAGGGGGGGCUACGGUGGAGCAGCUGCAGGAGGAGCUGCGGCAAUACAAGUCCAUCAUGAAGUGCUCCGUGUGCCACGACCGACAGAAGGAGGUGGUGAUCACCAAGUGCUUCCACCUCUUCUGCUCGCCCUGCAUUCAGAAGAACCUCGAGCUCCGCCAUCGCAAGUGCCCCGGCUGCGGCGUGCCCUUCGGCCAAAACGACGUCAGAAACGUGUACAUCUAGCCGCCAAGCCGCUCAUGUAGCCGUCUAGAUGCGCAUCUAGAUCCUCACCUCUCCGGAUACAUCCAGCUACACGCCUGGCCAUGCAUGUAGCCUCAACCCUCUCCAGAUCUAGCCACGACUCCAGAUUGCACGGGCUAUCAUAACCAAUGCACAGCUGUUCCGAUACGGUAGUUCUCUUGGUUUGGGAAUGUCCGACUGUACACUCUUCCAACACCUACCACCAGUAGUGUCCGCCAUUCUGCAUGCGCUAACACGGGAUGUGGGAUGGCAGCAGUGCAGCAUAUUGUUUUGUGUGGACUGUACUCCUUCGAUUCAGCUUCUGAGCGGCCUGAUCUGGCAUGUCAGCUUCGUGUGACUGUAACAGGUGGUGUGACUCAGGUUUUUAUGGGCAUCAGAUAGUGUGGCUGGAGCUACAAGUGUUCCUCAGGGAUCUUCCCGAGAUGAUUCUUCAGUGGCUUGUACUGCUGCAACAUACACCCAUCCACCCCUUCACCCGGACAGUCUCCUCUGAAGUUUGCAGG